CAGAUUCAGGAGGAUAUGAUGAGUAAUAAACGCUCAGAGUGAACUUCAAUAUCCAGGUUCACUGAUUAUUCACAUGCAUAAUUCAUGAGGAGAUUGUUCACUGUUGGCGCGUCCCCGCUGCUGAGCAACAAGAUGGCGGCCGCCGCCGGAUCAGGCGUGAAAGUCCCCCGUAACUUCCGGCUGCUAGAGGAGCUUGAGGAGGGUCAGAAGGGUGUUGGAGAUGGGACGGUGAGCUGGGGUCUGGAAGACGAUGAGGACAUGACCCUCACACGCUGGAGAGGAAUGAUAAUCGGACCCCCGAGGACUAUCUAUGAGAACAGGAUGUACAGCCUCAGAGUAGAAUGUGGACCAAGAUAUCCAGAAACGCCCCCUUUUGUUCGCUUUGUGACAAAGAUCAACUUGAAUGGAGUGCAUAACUCAAAUGGUGUGGUUGAUAUGCGAGCUGUGUCCUCACUGGCCAAGUGGCAGAAUUCCUACAGCAUCCGUGUGGUCCUGCAGGAGCUGCGACGACUCAUGAUGUGCAAAGAAAACAUGAAGCUGCCGCAGCCUCCCGAAGGACAGAUCUACAGCAACUGAGCUCAGAGCUUCUGUCGUCUUCUUCUCUACCUUCAUCAGAACACAUUCACACACGCAAGGCUGAGCAUUCCUCCUCUUUUUUUUCUUUCUUUCCGGACUCAUGAGAAUUCCUCCCUGUUCCUGACCACUCCCCAUGUGCUGCAGCAACCAAUGAGCAGUCCUGCCUCAGGAGCUCCCAUUGGACAGAAACCAUGGAUGUAGUGGUGCGCACAGCAGAAUACUGUACAUCAUUCUAAUCUUUUUUUUAAAUGUUUAUUUGUUAUACAUGCAAAUUGUAAAAAUAACAAAUGAUCUUAUUGAGUGUAAUCUGUGUGCCCUCAUUUGAGAAUAGUUCUGCAAGUGGAAAUGAAUUUGUGCUAUCAUGUAACAUGCUGUGUGGUGGGAAUAUUUAGAUUUUCUUUUCUUUUUUUCAUCUUUUUCUAGUGAUGAUAGCAUCAGAAUCAGCAGUCUUGACUGUUUAAUCGGGGGUUUCUGGCCUGACCGGUUAAAGUUCGGUGUCUCAUUACUUUCUUCCUUCAGGCUCUCAGCUUUAGGUCACUUCAUGGGUUAAUUAAAAGUUUUUGCAAAAUAACAACGGAAGCUCAAUGAUAGAAAGUGUCUAACAACAUCAAAGAUGAAGUGUGCAAUUUGUAUUUGAUGAUAUGUUCUAUCCUAGCUUCAUAUGCAGAGAAAACUAUAAGGCAGUUGUAGGUUGAUGGCUGGUUUUUACACAUUAGUUUGGUGCUGCAUCGAUUACACACUUCAACUUUAACAUGAUUCGCUCCAUUGAGCUGUUGAGAGCUUUGACACCAUGAAUACUAUGAAUAAAUUUUGUGAACAGUAUGUUAUAGAAAAAUUAGAAACGUUGUGAAUUACGAUAAAUUGCAGGUUUCAAAGAAAAAAAAUCAACAACUGAACAGUAUAUAACAAAACCCCACACACUGUUGCUACAUGUUGCUCCACCUUCAAUGAACAGCUGUGAUUAAUAAGUUUACAUAGCCCUUGCAAAAUCUGCAACAUUUUAAUAAUUAAAAAAGGAUCCUAAAAA